AUGGUAAAAGAGAAAUGUAAGAACUUAGAAUGGUGGGAAGGGAAAGAUAGUGUGAGAUUGUUUGCGCAUCGUCAGGAGAGUGUGUGGUUAGAGGAGAGCAAAGACACAAGACGUAUAAGUUUCUAUAAUACUUUUGCCAUGAAUUCAGCUCUGGCCAUACCAAAAUCAUUGGAAGAAGACGAGGUCUUGAAUAUUAAGGAAUUGGAAGCGAAUAAAAUCAAUGACAGCAAAGAAAUUGGUUCUAGAGCAUUUGAAAUACAUGAUAAUGAACAUGAUUACUGGGCACAUAGAAUUGAAUAUUUGAAAAAUGAACAUCAACUGAUUAAUAAAAUUAUAGAAACAGAAUACGAAAAGACUAUUGAAAAUACAAAGAAUCUAUUUGAUCCACCUAAAAUAACUCAGGAACAAAUACAAAGGAUUAAACCAUGCUAUGAUUGGCGCUCGAAGAUUAUGAAAUGUUAUGAAGACAAUCCCCGACAACCUUUACUUUGUUCAGCAACUGUUCAAGCAUUCAACAAUUGUGUUACAUCAUGCCAGUUAGAAGAAUGA